AUGUCGGGCUUCCUGGUGAACGCAUACGCGAGGGCUGCGUCGGGCGGGCAGCGGCUGUUCGAGAUACUGGACACGGAAUCUGAUGUGGUGGAGAAGGCGGAUGCCAUAGAACUAGGCCGCGUCGAAGGGCGAGUGCGCUUCGAAGAUGUGAGCUUCAGCUACCAAGAGGGCAAACCGGCGCUAAAGAACAUCAACCUGGAGGCGGAUCCUGGUAAGGUGGUGGCGCUGAUCGGGACGCCGGGGAGCGGGAAGAGCACAAUCGCGAGCUUGCUGCCGCGCUUCUAUGAGGUGAAUUCGGGACGCAUCACGAUUGAUGGUAUAGACAUACGGGAUGUGACGCUGAAGUCGCUGCGACAGAACAUGGGGAUAGUGCAGCAGGAUGUGUUCCUGUUCGGGGCGGGUCUGCGCGAGAAUAUCGCAUACGGCAGGGAGGACGCGCCAAUCGAGGAUGUGAUUCGGGCUGCGAAGGUAGCGCAGUUGCACGACUUCAUAUCGGCGCUGGACGGCAGCUACGAUACGGAGGUCGGUGAGCGAGGCGUGAACCUGUCGGGCGGUCAGCGGCAGAGGAUGUCGAUCGCGCGCGCGGUGUUGCUUGAUCCGCCGAUCUGGUGCUGGACGACUCGACUUCGAGCGUGGACGCGAACACAGAGGACUUGA